AUGCCAGACGUGAAGCCUCCCCCGCCAUGUGACUACCCCUCUACCUCCUCCGUCGCGGCCUCUGCCGGCUCCCCUGCUGGCUGCACCUCUCCGCUCGACCUCGUCAUGGACGUGGAGCCCUGCAUCGCCAACCUCCCCUUGUCUCCCGACCCCCUGUCCUCCUACCCCCGGCACAGAACCAGCGUCCCUCACUAUCCAGGCUUUCAUGGUCCACCUUUUCCCCUCAUGGCCCGGUGUAACAGCAGCACCUUGCUUACAAACUUGGGGCUCAGGUACUGUUCUGGUCGACAGGGCGCUCUGGGGAUGGAGCCAGCCCAGCAGGCAGUUAAGACAUCCUACACAACAGACAGUAUUUCAGGUAACAGAAGCAGAUCAGACUCUACAUUAGAGCCUCGAAGACCUCCUUUGGGACGCUUGCAUAUACCUACUUUUGAGGAGUUUAAGAGGAUGCGGCAGAUGGAGAGGAAGCAGAACCUUGAGUCCACAGUGGAUGCUACACCAUCUGAAAAACCUGCAGCUGACCUGCAGCAAGACCCAGGAGCAUCAGAUGGUGCGAUAAUCCUUUCAGACCCUCAUUUGGAAAAGCAGAGAGAAAAUCCCGAGGCCAUCACGUCCUCAGAGAAACGUACAUUCAACGCUGUGAGCGCUAACGGCACUGCAGCUCCCGCUCCCUCCUCCAUCUCUGACACCAGCACGUACUCUCCCAUCCGCACGGGGCCCUCUCCACGUUCACCCCUGCCGCCCCAGGGUGGCUCGGCCCAGGAAAAGGCCAGCAACGUAGGAGGGGAUGAUGGGAGCGCCAAGCGUAGGAGGAGCAGUCUGGAACCUGCUGGGUCAGUUCCCUUUCCGCCCAGCAGGGAGAAGUGGGAACGACCCUCCAGCUGCUGCCCUGCUCUGCUGCUGGACGGGACCGAACUGUCUAGCUAUGGAGCCAAGAUCUAUAAGAUGAAGGAUGGUCUCAUUGGCUCUGCACUGGACCUGAUCAAGAAGAGCUGCAGUGCAGAGAUCUCCGCCGAGACCCCCGUCAGGCUGUCAGGUGACCGGGACGGAGGCUGUGACAUCACCGCCCCCUCGGCCGACUGUCAGCCCUCCGCCGUUGCCAUGGCAACGUCGGCAACGGCCUGCGGAGCCGAGGCUGGCGAAGAGGCACCUGCAGGAGAAGGAGGAAGAGAGGAAGCAGGAGAAUGCCACGCUAGUCUGGGCUGCAGGCGCUCCAGCUCGGACGCAGCCUAUGAGCUGGCUGAGACGGUGAGAGCGCAGCGCGAGUGCCGCCUGCGACCCCACUACAGUGACCCCAUGCCGGCCGACGCCUCCAAGCGCAAGCAGCUGGAGAUGAAGAUCGCCGCCGCCGCUCGACUCCACGGCCACCGUCGAGAUCGCGAUAGAGACAGAGACAGUGCACCCGCAGCAAUUCGUGGUCGCUCAGAGCCUCCCGGUGAGGAGCGCCAGGCAGUCUUGGGCGUGACUCGAACCGGACAACACCGCUGGAGCACCAUCAGCAGCCUGAGUGCAGACAGCGGAGUGGUGGGCCUCAGCGAUGAGCGCGACGAAGAGGACAACGAGCCUCGCCGUUACCGCAGAAGCCGGGGAGCCGACGUGGAACGAGUGGACAGCGGCAUCGGGCCGGGUCUGUCCCGCACCUGGAAGAGACCGUCGGCCUCUCUGAGAGCCUGGGAGGCCCAGAGACCGUGUCCGGACUGUGGACUGAGGGACGGGGCCUCGAAAGAACGGGGAGAGCGCAUGUGCGAACGUUGCUCCAAGCUGCGCAUUGAACGCAAGGAAGCCAUCCUGGAGUUUCUGAACACGGAGUCGAGCUACGGCGAGGACCUGCGCAUCAUCAAAGAGGAGUUUUACUGCCCCAUGCAGAGUGCCGGGCUGCUGACCGCUGAGCAGCUCGCCGUGGUGUUCAGCAACGUUCAGGAGUUAAUAGAUGUCAACGAACGCUUCACCGAACACCUGCAGGACAGCAUCGAUCAGGCCUUUGACCAGGGAGAUGAAGAUCUGCUGACAGUGUACAUAGGAGAGAUCUUUCUGGAGUUUGUCAACAUGCUGCCCGCCUUUCAGACCUACUGUCUGCAGCAGUCCACCUCAGUCAACAUGCUGAAUACACUGGAGAAAGAAAAAGAGCUGCUAAGAAUCUUCCUGGAUGUUUCUCAGAAUGACAACACAGCCCUGCGUCGUAUGAACCUGCGCUCCUUCCUCAUGGCGCCCCUCCAGCGCGUGACCAAGUACCCGCUUUUGUUGAGCCGCAUCAUUAAGGUCACUCCCGAGUGCCACCCCGACUACGCGCGUCUCCGCGAAGCCAAGAGUCGGGUCGAGUCCCACCUGGAGCACAUCAACAUGAAGACCAAGCAGGAGGGCAACGGGGUCACCUGGUCGCUGCGCUCGUUCCGCCGCGACAGCCGCAAGAACCGGGAGGUCAUCAACAUCGAGAUGCGAGAGGUGUCGAUGAAGACGGUGGGGUGGGCGAGGGAAAACACGCGAUUUGUCAUGGAGGGGCCGCUCCAGCUGUCCCAGCCGGCGGACGGUCAGUGGGUGAAGAAGGGCAGCAAGGCUCUCAAGUUCCAGAACGUCCAGAGCCUGCUGAUGGUGAGGACGCAGCGGGCGGUUGAGGGACUGUGCGCCGACCUGGUGGCUCGGGGGGAUCAGAUGGAAAGCGGCGGAGAGAGCAUUCGGGACGGAGUGCUGGUUCUGAUCAAGGACAAGAGCAGCGGGAAGUUCACAGUGCUGAGAGAGCCCAUCCGACUGGGGAACUGCGUGGUGUCGACCGAUCCGGACUGCGAGGACACGUUCGAGGUGCUUGACAUCCGGCGGGAGUCGUUCGUUUUCCGCGCCUCGGACAAAUCUCGCACCCAGCAGUGGUUCCACCAGAUUAAGAGGUACGCUCGGGACUUGGGCACCUGGAGGAAAAGACGUAACGCUUUGCCCAACAUCAUGAUCAACACGAACCAAACGCGGUCCUGAGACUAACCACCACUCACCUUUGUUACACUGUAAAUAACCUCCUACUGCAAAAAUCAGCCGACGACAGGAAGCCGAGUGACUCCGCUGUCAUAACUCGUUAGAAUUCAAUAACAACAAAUAAAAAGGGAAGAGAAAACAAAUCUCAGACUCUCAUGAGGGCAAGAAAACGACGAAGCACUUUGUUUUUGUUACGAAGCUGUAAGUGCGCCAUACUGUCAUAAAAUAUUAUGUAUGUAGAUUUAAUUUGAAACUGUUACAUUGCAAGAGCGAAGUCAGAUUCUUGGACGACCAAAUGAAAAACAAAGAAAGAAACUUGGGUCGAUGUCGUCGGCCUUGAUUGUAAAGACCGUUUGCUCUCGGAGAAGCAGAGCCGUGUUUUUCAGUAACGUGUGUCUGUCGAACAGCAUGACCGAACAUGACCGACUGCAACGGGAAAAAUUGUAACAUCUUUGUUUAUUUUUAGUUCCUUUUCUUUUUUUAAUACAACACAGUGUGAUGUAAGAACAUUUCUCAAGGCAGAAAUGUCGUCCACAUCUUUUUGUUCGGUGGUUUUCGUUUGUCGUCACUGCCCUAUUGUGUCCGUGUGCCGCCCUCUACUGUACAUUGGCGGUAGGGCAAUCUUCCACUGCCAGAUAAGCAGUGGAGCAGAGCCUUUCAAAACGGGCUGUACAGACCUCCCGCGUCACCGUAACAGCAAUAAUCUCUGCCAGUUUCAAAGUAAGUAGCUACUGUAUAUGCAUUUUGUUUUCCUGAGGUUUUCCUUUUGCCGUUCAGGUGUUAAUCCUGCUUUACUGUGUCGUUUGGGUUUUAUGUGGCACAUUUAACUGGAGUCUGAUUGGUCGGUGGGCACGACUAAAGCUUUCCCUAACGCUAAGGACGCCUCUGUUACGGUCAUUAGAUUUAAGUGCCAUGAAAGCAGUUUGUGAAGAGUCUCGUCAGUCCUCUUUCUUGAAACAUCCUGUCAAACCGGGUGACGUCAAACACUACCUGUGUGUUAAGUGCAGAGUUUUUCCAACCUCGGCUGCAGGACCUCAUG